AUGCAGGCGGCGAACACAUAUCUGCAUUUGUGCUCUCUGCUUGUCGUCUUCUGGGCAGCGUCAAGCACGGUUUCUGCGGUGUCCGUACCGGUUGGCUCGGACGGGUUAUUCCCGCGAGGAAGACUUCUGAAUUCCCCGGGUAAUGGCGUUAUCGACGACAACCAAUCUGCGGGGCUUCCCAUGGCAUGGCAGCGGCAUCCUAAGAGGUUCUAUGAUGGGCAAUGA